UGUGUUUUGAUUGAAAUGGUAUUGUUCCACUUUCUUCUAGUGAAGCGAGAUGUCCAGGAAAAUGAUGAGGAGGCCGUGCAAGUUAAAGAGCAGAGCAUCCUGGAACUGGGGUCACUUCUUGCUAAGACUGGACAGGCGGAAGAACUUGGAGGACUUCUGAAGUAUGUUCGACCCUUCUUGAAUUCCAUCAGCAAAGCAAAGGCAGCCCGUUUAGUCCGCUCUCUCCUCGAUCUGUUCCUCGAUAUGGAGGCAGCAACAGGACAGGAGGUCGACCUGUGCUUAGAGUGUAUUGAAUGGGCCAAAUCGGAGAAGAGGACUUUCCUACGCCAGGCCCUAGAGGCUAGGCUGGUGUCUUUGUACUUCGAUACAAAGAGGUACCAAGAAGCGCUGCAGCUCGGAUCUCAGCUCUUGCGGGAGUUGAAAAAGAUGGAUGACAAGGCUCUGCUGGUUGAAGUGCAGCUGUUAGAAAGCAAGACGUACCACGCCCUGAGCAAUCUGCCAAAAGCACGAGCAGCUUUAACCUCAGCACGAACUACAGCCAAUGCAAUCUACUGCCCACCCAAACUGCAGGCAGCCCUGGACAUGCAGUCAGGUAUUAUCCAUGCCGCAGAAGAAAAGGACUGGAAAACAGCCUACUCCUAUUUUUAUGAGGCGUUUGAGGGAUACGAUUCAAUCGACAGCCCCAAAGCCAUCACUGCUUUGAAAUACAUGUUGCUGUGCAAAAUCAUGCUCAACACCCCGGAGGACGUGCAGGCAUUGGUGAGCGGGAAGCUCGCUUUGCGGUAUGCAGGAAGGCAGACAGAAGCCCUCAAGUGUGUGGCACAAGCCAGUAAGAAUCGCUCGCUGGCAGACUUUGAGAAGGCGCUGACAGAUUAUAAGGUGGAGCUCAGGGACGACCCCAUCAUCAACACUCAUUUGGCUAAACUCUAUGAUAACUUACUGGAACAGAACCUGAUCCGAGUCAUCGAACCCUUUUCCAGAGUACAGAUGGAGCACAUAUCCAGCCUCAUCAAGCUCUCCAAGGCCGACGUGGAAAGGAAACUCUCUCAGAUGAUCCUGGACAAGAAAUUUCAUGGGAUCCUCGACCAGGGGGAGGGCGUCCUGAUUAUCUUUGACGAACCGCCCGUAGACAAAACGUAUGAAGCUGCCCUGGAGACUAUUCAGAACAUGAGUAAAGUCGUGGACUCGCUCUACAACAAAGCCAAGAAGCUAACAUAGAGUUGGCGCUGGGAGCUGUCCUGGGAAGUGUGUGUGUGACAGGAGAGUGAAACCUUUGGGAAAAUGCUAGCAGACUUUUUUCUUUGUUCUACUUUUCGCUCGGAAAGUUUUUAAACGUCCUCAUCCAGUGCAUCUUGUAUUCCAUACGAUGCGUGUUCCAGUUUCCAUGUAACGUUUCCUGGCCAAACUUUGUAUUGGGGGCGGGGGGCAUUGUUUAAAAGAGGGAUUCUGAAUAAAAGGAAGAAGGCUUACACUACCUAAACGUGCUUUCCACUUCCUGAGGCAGGGGCAAGGUUUGCUCAUCAAUAGCAACCUGGCUGCUAAGGAAACUUUCUUCCCUCUCCUCCAAAAUCCGAGACUUACUGACUGUAUAAAAGCCAAGUUUUAUUCCAUUUGUACUGACCCAAACACCUCUUCCAUACAGACGGCUGGUUUAUGUUUAAAUCUUACUAAGACUUUUAAUCCCCCCAAAGCAACUCCAGAUGGACUCCUAGAAGCCCACACAGGAGCCCAUUCAGAAUUGCUGCUGUGCUAAGUCAGCUCAGUGUAGAAGUAACAGCUGCAACUGACUAGAUCGUUAGGCCAUUUCUAACCAAGGGAACAGUGCAGGUUUCCCCGGAGGCCUGUCUCGCAUGCUAUUGUUUAAAUGUGUUGACCCUCACUGUCCCCCGCCCCCGCAUUGCUAGGAGGAACACGAGCCGGUGUCUCCCUGUGAGAGCCAAACAUCCAAGCGGGAAGGCAGUCUCCUAGCAUAGGCGCUGGUCCGAUGUCCUCACUCACCUCUGCUCUAGAGUCGGUUUCCUUUAACACCUGAUGCAAGACAAACCGGCCCCUGUGAAAGGAGCUUGCGAGGCACUUGCUAGGUAGAGGAGGUGGAGCACUGUGUUUUCCAACAUGUUUCAUUUUAUGGUGCGUCUCCUGGCAAGGUUUUAAUGCCAUUUGGGCAGUGUAAGCGUCUGCAUCUCUGUCAUGUUGAUCUUUAUUUUCCUUUCCCCGUCUCCCUUUCUCUUUCCCCCUCCACGUUUUCUUACUAAAUUUAUAUUUUGUAAAAGGGUUCUGUUUUAUCAAGAGAUUUUGCCUUCACACUAAAUCUUAGACUGGCUGAUUUUUUUUUCUGCUUUCUGUCCAUGUUUUAACUUUCUCUGAUUUUUUUUUUAAACUCUCCAUCUCAUUCAGUCAGUCACUGUUUGGGUUUUUGGCACCAUCAAUAUCAAAUGUACAAACGGUUCUUGCUAACCAACACCAGGUAUAUCUGAUGUUCAGAUGAGUUCCAAUAAAGUAAUUUUUUUUUCAAAACC